AACAAUGUGAAUGGGAGGUCCUUGCUGAGGAUGAACUCUGCAGCGCUGGAACGCAUGGGAAUAUUAGAUGAAAGACAUCGUCAAGAUAUUUGGAGAGAAAUCAUCAAGCUCAAAUUAAAAUCUGACAUCCUUGAAAUCCGGGAUUUGGAGUCACAAGUUGUCUCCGCGAAAUGAUGCUUUCUCUCUCUCUCCUCGUCUGGUAAUAAUAGUGUAGGAAAAGUCGUCGUCUCUGUAUAGUGCUCAAUUCCAUUAUUAUUAUGCUAGAAAGAUCGUUAUUUUAUUUUAUACAGGUAUGAAUAUGAUAAUGAUAUGGAUUCUGGAUACAGAAAUCGUUUUAUAAUAUGUAUAUUUCCACUAGGACGAUGCAUGACAGACCACCAAAUCAUUUGCAUGCCACGAUUAGCUAAUCAUAUUUAUUAGUAGCGUUCUUCUUUCAAUUAUAAAAAAAACGUUAUUCAACCCAGCCCUUAAAUUAAGAUGAGCUGUAAAAAUUGUGUGUUACCGAGGGAGGGUGGAGGUACCAUGCAAUUCUAUUACCAGAGCGUUGACAUUAGGGGCUGAGCAGGACUUAGGAUUAGCUUCUCUAUAUAUGUUACCCUUCAGUGAUAAAUUAUUGCCGUAGGGGUAGAAUUGCCAGGUACAGACAAGAAUCGUGUCAGAAAUUAUCAAGAAUUUUAUAAGGCUGUAUUUAUCUAUGUAUGUAUUUAUAUAAAAUGAAAUCCGAUGUUCAUACACGUCUCCCAGUUUGAUAAGCCCUACAAACAACCUUGACAUUUCGUCGUUGUUGUAUGUGUCACAUCCAUAACUUUGAUUUACGAAGCACUUUAAUUCAAAUGAACUUGGCCAUGAAUUGAAAGAGUAGAAGUCGUGAUUUUAAUUUUAUAGCAGGGGAAAGUGUCUCUCUCUUUACUUUUUGAUGCAGCAGCGAAAAAAGUUUUACUUUCUCUCUCUCACUUUACGUAUCUGAGUUAUUGGUGAAAAGGGGGAAAAGUUCUGUGCACAGCAUUCGUAAAAAUUCUCAUGUAAAUAAAACCCGUGUAAUAAAACGUACCUGAGCCACAUGAAGUGAAAUAGAUAAAAAGUAAAGUAAAGAAACACCUAACCUUCAACCAAUUGCUGCACUAAAUAGUAUACCACUGUGCUUAAUUUGUUAUUAGAGUCAGGGGCCGCGGAAGGGUGGAGACAGGGGGAAAAUGUUCCCGAGGUUAUUUAAUGUCCCCAUCAUGUCCUCCUAUCCUACAAUGUUAAUGCCCCCAGAUAUCCCCACAGCGACAAGGGGACCAUGUCCCCACGGUUAUUCGAUUUCCCCAUCAUUUGCAUAAAUCCCUGACUCCCCUAUCCUACAAAGUUAAUUUCUUCAGAUGUCCCCACCACUUUCCGCGGCCACUGAUUAGACUAUGACUGACUACAUACCGCUCUCUGUAAUCAUGCUUCACUUCAAAUUAUUACCCUCUACACCCACACCCCUGGAAAACCUCACUUUAAUUCAACAUUUGUGUACAACCAAAUGCAUACAUACACUUUGCCCUAUGUAAAUACUCCAGUGGCCGCGGAUGCCGUGGGGACAUUGUCAUUGUAGGAUAUGGGAGGGAAGGGUUUAUAUAACGUGGGGAUAUCGAAUAAUAAUCGUGGGGACAUUUGUCCCUCUGUCCCCUCACCCUUCCGCGGCCACUGGCUAGCUCGUAGGUAAUCUAUGUACCACUGCUGCUGUUCCAGCAUCAUCAACUCCUCUUCUCAUAAUAAUGUUCCUCCCGUAACUUUUAAAUUCGCCAAGUUUUAUCUCUUCGUAACGUCCAGUCAACUUUCUCCUCCUUGUAACUUUACCAGUUUACUUCUUCUCCCAAAUCAACUUUUGUAUGCUUAAGUACAUACGAACGACUUUGUGUGGCGUGGGUAUUUUCUGUCUGUGAUGUAAUGUAGCGCUGCUGUGUAAGCAGAAUGUUUGUAGUUUAAGUAAGUAAACGGAGGUCUGAAAAAACCUCUACUUUCACUUCCUUCACUUUCACUCAUUAGAGGAGACGAUCAUAAAUCCCCGUUUUUAAUUAAGAGAACUCUGCAAGCAACCGAAAUCUAACCGCUUGGGAAAUUCGUACGUAUUAUCAUUCAACCGCUAUUAUUAUUAUUAUUACGAACAAA